CUGGGAUGCUGCGUAUGAAAGAGAGCUGCGGACUUUUCAAGACAUUGGAGAUACUGGGGAAAUUUGGUUUGGAGAAGAGAGCAUGAUUCGCAUCAUCAGGUGGCUGGAGAGACAAAAGGUCCCCCUGGACAGCUCUGUGCUUGACAUUGGAACUGGAAAUGGGGUUUUACUGGUUGAAUUGGCAAAGUCUGGCUACAGGAAUCUCACAGGGAUUGAUUACUCUCCUGCUGCAAUACAACUUUCAGAAAAAAUAAGAGAGAAGGAAGGGCUGUCUGACAUUAAAUUAAAGGUAGAAGACUUCCUGGCUCCAUCAGCUGAGUUGUCAGGAUUUGAGGUGUGCAUUGACAAGGGGACUUUUGAUGCCAUCAGCCUUAAUCCCGAUGACGCUGAGGGGAAGAGGAGACAGUACCUGAGCUCUCUCUGCAGUGCACUGAACCCAGAGGGCUUUUUCCUCAUAACAUCUUGCAACUGGACCAAGGAGGAGCUGCUGAACGAGUUCAGAGAGGGAUUUGAAAUUCUGGAGGAGCUGCCAACGCCCAAGUUUUGCUUUGGAGGAAGAAUUGGAAACAGUGUAACAGCAUUGGUUUUCCAAAGGAAAAAAGUGAAGCCAUCCAUCUUGGACAAAUUAGAUUAGUUGAGAAAAGUCUGAACUUGAAAUCUGACAGAAAACCUCAGACACGUGUGUAAAUAAAUGCUCCUGGAGAACACAGUGAAAUAUUAUGUAUGGAACUCUAAGGGACUAUGAACCAUUGCCCC